AUGGAUCCCCGAGUUUGCUUCUAAUUUUGUGCGAGUAAUUGAUCUCAAUUACGAAAAGUUGUUGACGGCGUGUCUUCCAGCAUUUUGAGAGACAUUUCCCGGACUAGCGAGAUAGGUUAGACUUGGAUCAGAAGCUUCUAGCAGUUUAAUUUGCAAUUUCGUUCUGAUAAGACAGAAGUCGCAGAAGUAUCUUGAACGUGCUAAAAUAUACUCGUGCUGGCCUGGCUAAGUUUUGCGGAGCUCGAGCUUCAAUCGAUUGUCGUGAAUCGCGAAAACCCCCAAGUGCUCUAUCGACGUGUCCUUUACAAUUAAUGCGAGAGCUUUGACAAUAUAAUGGAAUAGUGCAUGCAUUGAGUUUAAUUGGUAGUUCUAGUGAGUGCACCUAAUUGGAUGCUAAUAGUGAGAGAAUCAACUACAGCAAAUAAGAGGAUUACACCCAAAUUUGUUGUGAAUUCAUUUGUGGAUAGUGAAAAUGAUCCUCCGAAGCUUAUUUCAACGGAAAGGGGGAACGUUUGCCCUGGUACUGGUUGUAGCCCUGAUUACAGCUUCAACACCUUUAUGUAAUCGAGCGCCAGAUGGAACAGGUGCUGGAAAAUCACCGGCAGAUGGUCGUUUUAGAAUAAGGAUAGCUGGAAAUCCAGAACUGUACACAGCCGGUCAAACAUAUACAGUUAGUGUUGCCGGAAUCCGAUCAUCGCGGGAACCGCACAAAUUUUCAGGAUUUAUGCUUGCCGCCGAGCCAGAAGUUGUAGAUCCAAUCGUUAAUGGUGGUCCACAGCCGAAUACUGGUGAGUUCCAAUUGUUAGGUGACGCGCUAACGAGAUUCAGUGAGAAGUGCGUAAACGUGGUGACACAAACCAGCACUCUGCCAAAAAGUGAAAUUCAAGUGCUUUGGGUCGCCCCGCCUACUGGGUCAGGAUGCAUUGCUUUCCGAACAACGGUCAUUGAACACCGGGACGUUUGGUAUAUGGACGAUGGACCCUUGACUAAAAUCCUAUGUGAAGAUGAACAGGACGUUGUGGAUAAUCAACCGCCAAUUGUUGAUCCGUGUUGCGCUUGUGAUGAAGCAAAGUAUGAGUUAACAUUUGAAGGAUUAUGGUCUCGACAUACUCACCCCAAGGAUUUUCCCACAAACAGUUGGUUGACUAGAUUCAGUGACAUUAUUGGCGCCUCUCACACAGUCGAAUACAGCUUUUGGAAGUACGGCGAGUUGGCCAGCAAUGGAACACAGCAAGUUGCUGAACACGGGUCAACACAUGUGCUGGAAAGUGAACUCAAGGGUCAAAGUGAGGAAAUUCGAACAAUAAUAAAAGCCCGUGGAAUAGCGCAUCCCAAUGUAACUGGGAAAACGUUUGCGGUUUUCCGUGUUGACUCCAAACAUCAUCUUAUUUCGCUUAUAUCGCAGAUCGAUCCUUCACCCGAUUGGAUCGUGGGUGUAUCAGGGCUGGAACUGUGCUUACCCAAUUGUACAUGGGUUGAAUAUAAGGCUCACAACCUGUACCCAUGGGAUGCCGGAACAGAUAGUGGUCCUACAUAUAUCUCACCAGAUCAACCUACAAAUCCACGCGUUCCAAUUAAAAGGAUUAGAACCAAUGAUCCGAAUGAUCCACGGUCUCCGUUUUAUGACACCAGCGGUGCCGAAAUGAAGCCAUUGGCAAGGUUAUACAUCACACGGCAACGAUUAUAUGAGAAAAACUGUGAAAACUCCUCAGGUGAAGACGACCAAAAUGCCUGCGAAACGCUCCCUUGGAGUGAAUGGUCUGAAUGCAGUACCAAGUGUGGUAAAGGAAAACGUCAUCGACAACGUGAAUAUAAAGAUUCCGUUUUGGCGCAUAGAAUGGGAUGCAAAAGGAAGUUAACGCAGCGUAAACCAUGCGAAGGGGAGGGACCCGAUUGCGAUAACGUCCCUACCGAAGAAGAAGUCCCUGAAGAAGAAGAGCCCCCACCAUCGGGAGGAUAUCAACCCGAAUGCGCGUUAACAUUAUGGUCUGAAUGGUCUAGUUGCAGUGCUACUUGUGGCAAGGGUACCCGGACUAAGAGCAGGAAAUAUGUUAAUAGAAAGGCCCGAAAGAAGUGCGAGGCGGGAUCACCCAAUAAACCUCCACUGGAAAUUAACGAAGAUUGUUUUGGAACCGAAUGUACUGGAGAUAUAUCGGAAAAUACAUUACUGGACGAUCACCCUGAAUGCCGAAUGAGCAAGUGGUCAUCAUGGUCUCCCUGCAGCGUUACGUGCGGUGAUGGAAUUCAGAAACGACAGAGGCGUGUAUUGUACAGGGGAGUUAGCUCGCCCGACGGAGAGGAUCCAUGUGCCAAUGUUAAGAAGGAAGAAGUUGUAACUUGCGUCACCCAUAAAUCUUGUGAUCUUCUAGAACCUCCAGAAUCCUGUCUUUUGCCACCUGAAGUUGGUCACUGCCGAAGUACCAACAAUCGUUGGUUCUAUGAUCAAGGUACACAGGAUUGUGCUAUAUUUCCCUACAGUGGCUGUGGAGGCAACGACAACAACUUCGAAUCAAGAGAGGAUUGCUUAGAAACUUGCAGAAUUGAAAAUGAGAAACCACCCGAACUAGAAGUAGGAGACCUGCGGCUCGAAAGUAUUGCCAACAAGGUUGAUUGCAAAGUAUCGAAUUGGGUAAUACGGCCAUGCAACGUAACCUGCGGGGAGGGCGUUAUGAUAAAAACUAGAAAGGUUCUCCGAUAUCCACGCCUGGGUGGAAAGCCGUGCCCAAAGCGAAUGGUACGAAUUGAACAAUGUUUCAUGGAGUGUCCUGAUUUGGUGUCUCCCUACACACAAGCCCCACACCAUCCACGAUCGGGCAAACGGCAUCGAAACCAGAACUAUGAGGCCAACCCCGAGGAGGAUGAUUGCCGCUACUCACACUGGUCUCCGUGGUCACCAUGUUCUGCAACUUGUGGGACAUAUGUUUUACGACAACGGACUCGGGUUCUUUUGAACCAAAAUCAGUUGCAUAAAUGCGUACAUCGAGUCCAAAAUGAACGUUGUAUUGUCCCGGAGUGCAGCGACGAUUAUGAAUAGAAUUGUGAAGCUUGAGAAUUUUUUAUUUAACGACACCAUUCUGUAAUUUUCAUAUAGGACUAAGGCAUCACUUCAUAUAUCAAAUUAAUGUUACUUACUUACAUGCCUAUGCAUCAUUUAUUUCUUUGUACAUAUAUAAGUUUAGUAUUAUGUUUCCUUAAGUGUCUCCUUACAUAAUUCUGUUAAACAUGGUUACAUACAUAUCCUCAUAUGAUAUUGGAAUAUUCUUAGUAAAGUUAAAACAUUUA